GGCAAAACAAACCAAACAGACCUCGAUUCACCGAUUUUAAUUGAAAAUCAAGGGAAAUACGACGAAUUUGAGGGAAAAAAUCUUUGAAUUGUGUUUUUAAUCGUCGACAUUAACUGUAAAAAGUCGAAAAAUCGAAGGUUUUGAAUUUUUCACACAAUUUUUGGAUAAAAACUAUAAACGCCGCAAAACGUUGUAAUCAUGGAUGGCGAUUUGUACGAUGAAUUCGGAAAUUAUAUUGGACCUGAGCUCGACAGUAGCGAUGAGGACGAUGAUCAAAGCGUUUAUGGGCAAAAUGAGCCCGUCGACGAUAUUGAUGAUGACAUGCCCGAAGAUGAAGAAAUGGAACCGGAUGAAGACAAAACCAGUCGUGCCGUUGUUUUACACGAAGACAAACGCUACUACCCAACGUCUCUCGAAGUUUACGGACCCGAUGUCGAAACCAUCGUUCAAGAAGAAGAUGCCCAACCCCUCGAAAAACCCCUUAUCGAACCCGUAAAACGUUUAAAAUUCCAACUGAAAGAACAAGAACUCCCCGAAACGACUUACAACAUGGAAUUUUUAGCUGAUUUAAUGGAUACGCCGCCUCUCAUCCGCAACGUUGCUCUUGUCGGGCAUUUGCAUCACGGAAAAACGACCUUCGCUGAUUGCCUAAUUCGUCAAACACAUCCGCAAUUUCAAACGAUGGAAGAAAAAAGUUUGCGAUACACCGACACACUUUUCACGGAACAAGAACGCGGCGUUUCAAUUAAAUCGCAACCGAUAACUCUCGUUUUACCGGAUUGCAAAUCGAAGAGUUAUUUAAUGAAUAUUUUCGACACUCCGGGACACGUUAAUUUCUCCGACGAGGUAACUGCUUCGAUUCGAUUGUGCGAUGGCGUGGUUUUGUUCGUUGAUGCAGCCGAAGGAAUUAUGCUCAACACGGAGCGAAUUCUAAAACAUGCGAUUCAAGAAAGACUUCCCAUCACGUUGUGCAUCAACAAAAUCGAUCGAUUGAUUUUAGAGUUGAAAUUACCGCCGCAAGACGCUUAUUUCAAAAUUAAACAUGUCGUUGAAGAAGUCAAUGCUUUGUUAGCUCUCCAAGCUGUCAACGGACAAACGUAUCAAGUAUCGCCUGCUUUGGGAAAUGUUUGUUUCGCAAGCGGAUUAUACGGAAUUUGCUUCACGUUGAAAUCUUUUGCGAAAUUAUACGCUGACACCUAUGAGGGCGUCAAUUAUGUCGAAUUCGCCAAAAGACUAUGGGGUGACAUGUAUUUCCAUGCCAAAUCUCGUAAAUUUACGAAAAAACCUCCCCAUAAUUCGGCGCAACGAAGUUUUAUUGAAUUCAUUCUUGAACCUUUAUACAAACUUUUCGCCCAAAUCGUUGGAGAUGUCGACGGCACGCUCAUCGAUACAUUGAACGAACUCGCAAUUCGUGUCAACAAAGAAGAAAUGAAAUGUAAUAUUCGACCUCUGAUGCGUUUAAUAUGUAAUCGUUUCAUGGGCGAUUUUAGCGGCUUCGUUGACAUGUGUGUCGAACAUAUUUCAUCUCCAUUGGAAAAUUCAAAGGAAAAAAUCGAUCAUAUCUAUACGGGACCCAAAGAGGGAUCCAUUUACGAGGAUAUGUUGAAUUGCAAUCAAGAUGGCACUUUAAUGGUUCAUUCAACGAAGAUGUAUCCGUCGGAAGAUUGCACUUUGUUUCAUGUUUUGGCUCGUGUCAUGAGCGGAACAAUCCACGCCGGGCAAGAAGUCAAAGUUUUGGGCGAAAAUUACUCCCUGCUUGACGAAGAAGACUCCCGAAUCUUGCAAAUUGGGCGUUUAUGGAUCUACGAAGCACGUUACAAGAUCGAGCUGAAUAGAGUUCCUGCUGGAAAUUGGGUUUUGAUUGAAGGAAUCGACCAGAGUAUCGUAAAAACGUCGACAAUAACGGAAGUUAAUGUUGUCGAGGACUUGUACAUCUUCAGACCAUUGAAGUUUAAUACACAAAGUAUCAUCAAAAUCGCCGUUGAACCUGUAAAUCCCUCAGAAUUGCCCAAAAUGUUGGAUGGAUUGAGAAAAGUUAAUAAAUCUUACCCUCUGUUGGCGACUCGGGUCGAAGAAUCUGGCGAACAUGUCAUUUUAGGGACAGGAGAACUGUAUUUGGAUUGUGUGAUGCACGAUUUACGCAAGAUGUACUCCGAAAUUGACAUCAAAGUAGCAGAUCCGGUAGUUGCUUUUUGCGAAACUGUCGUUGAAACGUCGUCCUUGAAGUGUUUCGCUGAAACUCCAAAUAAAAAAAAUAAAAUUACGAUGAUUGCGGAGCCGUUGGAGAAGGGUUUAGCUGAAGAUAUUGAGAAUGAAACAGUUUCCAUUGGAUGGAAUAAGAAAAAAUUGGGAGAAUUUUUCCAAGUUAACUACGAUUGGGAUUUGCUUGCGGCACGUUCGAUUUGGGCAUUUGGUCCGGAUAAUACAGGUCCGAAUAUUUUAGUUGACGAUACGUUACCUUCGGAAGUUGAUAAGUCACUUUUGGGUUCGGUCAAAGAUUCAAUUGUUCAAGGAUUUCAAUGGGGAACGAGAGAAGGCCCGUUAUGCGAAGAACCAAUUAGAAAUGUGAAAUUUAAGAUUUUAGACGCAGUUAUUGCGAAUGAACCAUUGCAUCGGGGAGGAGGACAAGUUAUUCCCACAGCACGUAGAGUUGCGUAUUCGGCAUUUUUGAUGGCGACACCCCGAUUGAUGGAACCCUAUUUGUUCGUUGAAGUGCAGGCGCCCGCAGAUUGUGUCUCUGCUGUUUAUACAGUUCUUGCGAAACGACGAGGUCAUGUUACACAAGAUGCUCCUGUACCCGGAUCUCCAUUGUACACGAUAAAAGCAUUCAUUCCCGCGAUCGAUUCUUUCGGAUUCGAAACAGAUUUGCGAACUCACACGCAAGGACAGGCAUUUUGUUUGAGUGUUUUCCAUCAUUAUCAGAUCGUGCCGGGAGAUCCGCUUGACAAAACGAUUAUAAUUAGACCGUUGGAGCCUCAACCAGCGACGCAUUUGGCGCGUGAAUUUAUGGUCAAAACACGCAGAAGGAAGGGCUUGAGCGAAGAUGUGUCGAUUAACAAAUUCUUCGAUGAUCCUAUGUUGCUUGAACUUGCGAGACAAGAUGUUUUACUCAAUAGUGCGUUCUAAAAAAAAAUAUGGAAAUUUUCAAUAAAAAUUAAUUUGAAUC